AUGGUACUCACUGCGAACCCUGAUCGUGCCAGGCCUGAGGCAGAGAAGGAGGAGAUCGCGCAAAGAUAUAAACCUGGCCAAUCUAUCUUCCCUACUGCUGCUUCGCCGGAGAACAGCACUGGUGAGUCGGGUGAUGAGGAUCGGAGGUUAAUGGAGGAGGUCCGUGAACUGAGUCUGCGUGAGAGUGGACCACGAACAACGGAGCAUCGAUCGGCACGAUCAUCAAGAACUCGUCGAGGUGAAAGUGCUGAUGGCGAUAGGCGAAGAGAAGAUGGCCGAGCUCGACAGCAACGAGAAGAGGGGCGCGCUACGCGACAUCACACUCGGACUGCAUUGUCCGAUCAUUCAGAACGCACGAGACAGAUAGAGCACCAGUCAAGUCUUCGAUCGUUGCUGAGCUUGUCGGAUACCGAAACCAUGCAAGAAGAAAUCUUGCGUCAAAUUCUGGAAGAAGGGUUGUUGGAUGAUAUCGAUAUGGACAAUCUCGGACCCGCGCAGGAAGAGGAGCUUAGUGAACGCAUUGCCGAUGCUUAUAGACGGAGGCAUAGACUGCGUUCGCGAUCACAGCAGAGGAAUGGUACGCAGGAAGAGGCGCAUGCCUCAAGUCGCCCUCGGGCACGAUCGCAAUCAGUGCAGAGAUCCCAUCCCGCUUCUGGUUCUCGAGGUUCACCAGCGCACCCUCCAGUGUCAAGGCCGUACUUACUUGAACCUCUCGUGCAACGCCCCAGUAGCUCUGGCCAUCAGCGACGUUUAUCUGAUCAAGGUGGCGGUCGGAGAGUAUCUCCUAUUCCUGUUAACUCCGCUUCGUCGUCGGAGGUCAACCUGAGGCCUGCAGCAAGGUCGUCUAGCGACAUGAUUGCCGACCGCCCUCGGGGCUCCCAAGCUGUCCGUGUCAGAGCGGCUGAUUCAGCUCCACGAACACGUCGAGCUACAGCUUCUGAGCAAUCUAUUCCUAAUAUAUGGGUGGCAGGUGGCAAUGAUCGGGAGCUACGGCGACAGAGACCAACCAGACAGUCUAUCGACUCUCCUACGUCAGUUUCUUCAUUGGUGCGCAGCCCUCGAACUGCUUCUUUCGCGUUACGCUCGGAACAGAACCUUGCAAACUCGCCUACAACUACUUCUCUCACGCCUGAGAUGAACAGUCCUGCCAGGCCAGACGGGCGCUCGAGGCCCUCAUCCUCCAGAUCUAACGCUCCUCAAGCGACAACCUAUUAUAUUGAACUGUCUAUCUCGUGCGAUCGAUGCGGAAGGACAAAUAUCCAGUAUGAACUUCACAAAAAGUGCCGGUCAUGCAAGGAUGGUGACUACCAUAUAUGCCUACGGUGCUACCGGCUUGGGCGUGGCUGUCUAGACUGGCCUGGCUUUGGUGUAUCUGCAAAGGCAGAUCUCGACAAAAUUCAUGCUUCUUCUAAUGGUCUUGCCACGCCUUCACAGGAACCACAACAUAUCCUAUUGUCUCUAAAGUAUAACCGGCCGUCCGACGCAGCCCGUCGAACCACACGGGAUGGAAGAGAGGUUACCAAUGAGCACCCCGCCCGACGACUGCAAACCGGACUCUUCUGCGACAUAUGUCAGUCAUCAGCAGAUACGUGCUUCUGGAAAUGCAAUCAGUGCAAUGAAGGCGACUGGGGUUUCUGUAACAAAUGUGUCAAUGAAGGAAAAUGCUGUACGCAUGCCCUUCUACCAAUAUGCCGUGUAACGCCAGAUAGCCCCUUGACUCCCCCGAUACCAGCGUUUCCAGGCGAUGCAGCGAAUGGUUCGGCUGCUCCUCUUGCCGGAGCCGAAACACUGAAAGUACUUUCUUUCUCCACAAAUUGUGACAUUUGCGCCAACCAAAUCCCAACUUCCACUCUUCGUUUCCACUGUCUCCAAUGCAACGAGGGUGAUUAUGAUAUUUGUGCAAACUGCUAUCUUAAGCUGGUGGCCACGGGAAAGAUCCGUAAAGAGAAUGGACACAACGGCUGGCGGCGCUGCUUGAAAGGCCAUCGGAUGGUGGUAGUUGGAUUUGAAGAUCAUGAAGAGGGCCAGAAGCGGGUCAUCGUUCAUGACCUGGUGGGCGGUCGUGCUUUGAAAGACGAACACCUUCAGCCUUCCUCCCCUCCGGCUUCUCCUUCCUUAACACGCACCUUUGUGGCAAGCUCUGGUGUUGUCCCAUCCCCUGAACUCGGCACUGGCGACUGGAGUUGGAAAGAGGGAGCGGAGCGGCGCAAAAAAGCAUCUCGCAUCCGUGCCCCAUGGUCUAGUACCAUCGGUGACCGUACUAACUCAUACUCUGAACCUUCCACGCCCACUACCCCAAUACAGAAUGCAUCGUCUUCACGUCGCUUCCCACCCGAUGGCGGCGUUGGUCUCGUUGUUCACGCCCUAUGGCCGUGGUAUCCUGAGAAUGGUGUCAAAGACGAGCUGAUGUUUCCACGUGGCGCGGAGAUUACCGAGGCCGAGAAUAUCAAUGAUGAUUGGUAUUGGGGGUGUUAUGCUGGAUCAACUGGGUUGUUUCCAGGGACACAUGUUUUUAUUGUUGGGGAGAUCGCCUAG